CCCCCUCGAGCGCGCGGCGGGGUGUUUAGCGCGCGCGCGCCUCCUCGGUCUCACACGCAAAACGCUCGUAAACACAGAUUACGUGAAAUAAGAUUAAAAACGAUCGCGUCAGAAACAUGACAGAAGUGCUGACUUCACAACACAGCGAGUCUGAGUUUUCUUCGUUCGCUCGGAGGGUGUUCCUGCCGCGCUUUUCACGGCGGGUUAGCGCGUUAGCUUAGAACUCUUCCAGUUCUGAUUUGUUUGACAGAAUCUGGCAGAAGACGGACGAGAAGAGUUUCCUUCAGUUCGGUCGACGAGAAAUGACCGGCGAGCCGCUAGCCGUCCUCCAGGUGGAGGGCUAUCAUCACUUGGCUAAGCUAAGCUAAGUUCAUGCAGUCGUUUAUAUCAUGUGUUUCUAAGCGCGUCUUCUGUCAGACUCUCGCUGGUAAAUGUAGCUAGUAAACAUCCACCAUGACCUGCCAGGGUCAUCCAAACCGUUAGUGAGGCUCGAGCUCGGCGUGUUUGAGGAAACCCACUGUCUGUGUGUCGAAACACGCGUUUAUUCAAGCGAGUGAAUCUCGUGCUCGGCAUGGAGAAAGCCCCGGCGGCGAACGGAGUGCAGCGGGGCGCGGCGGAGCGUCCGGCCGAGCAAGAGCGCUCUUCUCCGGGCUUCGACUCGGAGCUCAACGGCGUCCAGACCGACAGAUACGGGUUCAUAGGAGGAGCUCAGCAGAGCCCGGGAGACGAGGCUGAUGUUCCUCCAGAAGUGCUCCGGCUGAGAGAAGCUAAAUGGCUGGACAUGCUCAACAGCUGGGAUAAGUGGAUGGCCAAAAAACACAAGAAGGUGAAGCUGCGCUGUCAGAAAGGAGUUCCUCCGUCGCUCAGAGGCCGAGCGUGGCUUUAUCUCUCCGGUGGGAAAGUCAAGAAAGAGCAGAAUCUGGGAAGAUUUAAGGAGUUGGACCGUCAGCCCGGAGAUCCUAAAUGGCUGGAUGUGAUCGAGAAAGACCUCCACAGACAGUUUCCCUUCCACGAGAUGUUCGUAGCUCGAGGAGGCCACGGGCAGCAGGACCUGUUCCGUGUGCUGAAGGCGUACACCCUGCACAGACCCGAGGAGGGGUACUGUCAGGCUCAAGCCCCGAUCGCUGCGGUGCUGCUCAUGCACAUGCCCGCCGAGGAUGCGUUCUGGGGUCUGGUCCAGAUCUGUGAGAAGUACCUGCCUGGAUACUACAGCGCUGGCCUGGAGGCCAUCCAGUUAGACGGAGAGAUCCUGUUCGCUCUGCUCAAGCGUGUGUGUCCCGCGGCCCACCGGCACCUGAAGAAACACAAGAUUGACCCCAUCCUGUACAUGACCGAGUGGUUCAUGUGUGCCUUCUCCAGGACGCUGCCCUGGGCGUCUGUGCUGCGCGUCUGGGACAUGUUCUUCUGUGAGGGAGUGAAGAUCAUCUUCCGCGUGGGUCUGGUGCUGCUGAAGUGCAUGCUGGGAUCUCAGGAGAAGCUGAAAGCGUGUCAGGGCCAGUAUGAGACCAUGGAGCUGCUCAGGUCUAUUGAGCCUCGAUACAUGCAGGAGGCUUUCCUCGUUCAAGAGGUCCUAGAGCUGGCCGUGUCUGAGCGAGACAUAGAGAAGGAGCAUCUGUCUCAGCUCCGGCGCUGGAAGGAGACCCACGGAGAGCUGCACUGUAAAUCCCCUCCCAGAAUGCACGGCGCCAAAGCCAUCAUGGCCGCCGAGCCGCCCAGUCGCCAGGACCUCAGACAAAACCCCACGAUCAUCGUCGAAGUGACGGAGACGGGGAAAUCUACUAAAAAGACCAAAGGCACGAAAACAAGCUCGCCGCCUCCUAACCCGUACCCGCUGCCCAGCCAAUCACAGCCCCUGCAGAAAGACACGCCCCUGCGGGCGUCCAAUCAGAGUCUGAGUAGCGAGCACGACACCUACCUGUAAAGAGCUGA